UUGACGCUUGUUUUAGAAAGUCAUGGUGAUGGUUUAAUCUGUAAUCAAGAUGGCAGUUUCAAACUUUAUGUUUUUAGUAUUUAUGGGUCACCAACUGGUGCUCAAUGGUUUUGCUUCUCCAGUUGGGCGUCAUUUAUACCAGACUGGUAUUAAGCAAUUAUGUGGCCCCUUGUCUUUUCCUUGUGGGAUCAAACAAAUUCCAACAUGGCCAGUGGUAGCGAAGUCUGAUAUGGCGGUUGUGCUUUCUUUGCAGAAUGCAUCUGGGCUAACUGUCCAAAAAGGCAUUGAUGGGAAGUUGCAGGAAUCCAGCUCUCUCCCCACCAAGGUUGUUGGGAAAUUGCCGGAAUCCAGCUCUCUCCCCGCCAAGGUUGAUGGGAUGUUGACGGAAUCCAGCUCUCUCUCCACCACCAAGGUUGAUGGGAACUUGGCGGAAUCCAACUCUAUUCCCGGAAAGGUUGAUGGGAAGUUGAGGGAAUCCAGCUCUCUCUCCACCACCAAGGUUGAUGGGAAGUUGAUGGAAUCCAUCCCUGUCCCAGCUAAAGAGUCCAGUCAUGUGUUCACUGAGGUUGAUGGGAAGUUGACGGAGUCCAGUCAUGUGUCCACUGAGGUUGAUGGGAAGUUGACGGAGUCCAGCCCUAUCCCAGCUGAGGUUGAUGGGAAGUUGACUGAGUCCAGCCCUGUCCCAGCUAAAGAGUCCAGUCAUGUGUCCUCUGAAGUUGAUGGGAAGUUGACGGAGUCCAGCCCUAUCCCAACUGAGGUUGAUGGGAAGUUGACGGAGUCCAGCUAUGUCCCCACUGAAGUUGAUGGGAAGUUGAUGCAGUCCAGCCCUGUCCCAGCUAAAGAGUCCAGUCAUGUGUCCACUGAAGUUGAUGGGAAGUUGACGGAGUCCAGCCCUAUCCCAGCUGAGGUUGAUGGGAAGUUGAUGCAGUCCAGCCCUGUCCCAGCUAAAGAGUCCAGUCAUGUCUCCACUGAGGUUGAUGGGAAGUUCACCGAGUCCAGCCAUGUCCCAGCUAAAGAGUGCAGCCAUGUCCCCACUGAAGUUGAUGGGAAGUUGACGGAGUCCAGCCAUUUCCCCACUGAAGUUGAUGGGAAGUUGACGGAGUCCAGCCCUGUCCCAGCUGAGGUUGAUGGGAAGUUGACGGAGUCCAGCCAUUUCCCCACUGAAGUUGAUGGGAAGUUGACGGAGUCCAGCCCUGUCCCAGCUGAGGUUGAUGGGAAGUUGAAGGAGUCCAGCUCUUUCCCCACUGAGGUUGAUGGGAAGUUGACGGAGUCCAGCUCUGUCCCAGCUAAAGAGUCCAGUCAUGUGUCCAAUGAGGUUGAUGGGAAGUUGACGGAGUCUAGCCAUGUCUCCACUGAGGUUGAUGGGAAGUUGACGGAGUCCAGCCUUGUCCCAGCUAAAGAGUGCAUCCAUGUCCCCACUGAAGUUGAUGGGAAGUUGACGGAGUCCAGCCAUGUCCCAGCUAAAGAGUCCAGUCAUGUGUCCACCGAGGUUGAUGGGAAGUUGACGGAGUCCAGCCUUGUCCCAGCUAAAGAGUGCAUCCAUGUCCCCACUGAAGUUGAUGUGAAGUUGGAGUCCAACUAUGUUCCCACUGAAGUUGAUGGGAAGUUGACGGAGUCCAGCCAUGUCCCAGCUAAAGAGUCCAGUCAUGUGUCCACCGAGGUUGAUGGGAAGUUGACAGACUCCAGCCCUGUCCCAGCUAAAGAUUGCAGCCAUGUCCCCACUGAAGUUGAUGUGAAAUUGACGGAGUCCAGCCCUAUCCCAGCUGAGGUGGAUGGGAAGUUGACAGACUCCAGCCCUGUCCCAGCUAAAGAGUCCAGUCAUGUGUCCACUGAGGUUGAUGGGAAUUUGACGGAGUCCAGCCAUGUCCCAGCUAAAGAGUGCAUCCAUGUCCCCACUGAAGUUGAUGUGAAGUUGGAGUCCAGCCCUGUCCCAGCUAAAGAGUCAAGUCAUGUGUCUUCUGAGAUUGAUGGGAAGUUGACGGAGUCCAUCCAUGUCCCCACUGAAGUUGAUGUGAAGUUGAUGGAGUCCAACUAUGUACCCACUGAAGUUGAUGGGAAGUUGACGGAGUCCAGCCAUGUCCCAGCUAAAGAGUGCAUCCAUGUCCCCACUGAAGUUGAUGUGAAGUUGAUGGAGUCCAACUAUGUUCCCACUGAAGUUGAUGGGAAGUUGACGGAGUCCAGCCAUGUCCCAGCUAAAGAGUCCAGUAACAUGUCCACCGAGGUUGAUGGGAGGUUGACGGAGUCCAGCCAUGUCCCUACUGAGGUUGAUGGGAAGUUGACAGACUCCAGCCCUGUCCCAGCUAAAGAGUGCAGCCAUGUCCCCACUGAAGUUGAUGUGAAAUUGACGGAGUCCCGCCCUGUCCCAGCUAAAGAGUGCAGCCCUCUCCCAGAUGAGGCUGAUGGGAAGUUGACCGAGUCAAGCUAUGUCCCCACAGAUGUUGAUAGGAAGUUGACGGAGUCCAGCCAUGUCCCAGCUAAAGAGUCCAGUCAUGUGUCUUCUGAGGUUGAUGGGAAGUUCACAGAUUCCAGCCAUGUCCCAGCUGAGGUUGAUGGGAAGUUGACGGAGUCCAGCCUUGUCCCAGCUAAAGAGUGCAGCCAUGUCCCCACUGAGGUUGAUGGGAAGAUGACGCACCCUCUUAAGCGCAUUGACCUGAAGCAGCCAGAUAAAGAUACAGAUUUAGGUUACAAACACCAUCUUCCUGUAUUGAAGGACGGAGACACUUCAGGCUAUCUCUCCAUAAUGCCUCUUCUCGCUCGAGCCGCUUCACUCACAACAGGAGACACAUCUGGCUUUCUUCCAACGUCAGAUGCUCCAGCCAGACCCCAAAAUAACCUCCUCAUUGACCCUCAUGGGCCAGUCUUCGCUGUCAGAGGCAAAUGGUACUCACUGCAGAGUCAAAUGACGUCCAGCUCCUCCUCUCUGGACGUCUAA